AUGGAGGGUUAUGACGAUGCAAGAUGCCUCCCUAAAAUCCCAAAGCUCUUCCCUACCUCUGACUCGCAACCAGACCUCGUUCUGUAUUCCGCAUCCUGUGAUGUGACGAGUAGCAAUACUCUCCACGCUCUUGAUACUUCGGAGAUCAUACAGUGUCUAAAGGACGACACGGCCUCAGUUCACUCCUGUGCCAGUUCUACACACUCGGAUGGCGAUUGUCAAGGAGAAGCCACGGAAGACUGGAGAAAUUUGGGCAACGAAGCUCUCAACCCAGAUGAUCACUCUAAUGAUACUAGUUCCAGCAGUUCGGGUGGAACAACACCAAACGCACAUUUUCUCGAGUCGGGCAUAGACUUGAUUGACGCUCAAGAACAAGUACCGCAGCCCUUGACAAGACACCGCCUACAAUCAAUACCGGAUACUCGACUAUACAAGCUGGGUUCAGUAUACAACAAGCUGAAAGGUAUGGCAGAAGAGUCGCAGGCUGCCACUGCUGGUAGUGACACACCUCGGCCAGACCCUAACGCUGAUCCUGAUGACACUUUUGAAGAUCUUGGAUCAACCUCAGAACCGGAGUAUCCAGCUUACUACAUCUUCGACCCCCGGUCAACUGGCUCUGCGUACUAUAUGUAUCAAGAUGCUGAUACACAAGAAGGCUACAAGAUUGAGAAAGUUCCCUUCAAGCCCAUAUUGCCAGAGCCAGGACAGCGAGCAUACUGCAUUGAGGCGUCGGAGAAAGAUCAAGGUGAGCCCAGACACGCGAGCCAAGAGACAUUGUGGAGGGUCGACUCGUCUCGCGUUCCUGCAGUUAUCAUUGAUUCCGACAGCUCAGAUUCCCACGAAGCGGUAGUGGGCGAGAACGAACCUUUGUACGCUGGCGAUGAAGCAACUCAAAGCAUUGCCAGGAAAGUGAGUGAUCGGCUUCAGAAGAUCCGGCAUUUGAGGGAACACCUGCGUGUCAUCAACGGCAAAGGGCGUGAUGUCCCAGAAGCGAGAGGACUGUAUCUCAUUGGCGACAAAGAUAUCCGCGACGUCGUCAGUAUUGUAUUGAGUGAAGUGUUCAAGAAUGGUCAAAUCGACCGAUCCGAAAGAAGAACUACAACAGAAUCUUCUGAGGAUCGACCCUUACCAAAGUUAGACGGAGACUCGAACACCAUCCUGAUGCCUACGCCUACAGCAGUAGAUCCAGCAACAACCAUAAACCUGCCGAAUACCUCUUACGCGAAUAUUAACGCAUCAGACAUGCAAGUUCACACAAAAGUCCGUGGUGCGGAAUCUGAUGCAACGACGACAGUCAUCACACGGCGGAGCGUUGCUGAAAUUGUUUGGUCUCGGGCUUAUCCUGAAGGCUAUGGUCCGGAUUCGCAAACGCAUGGUCGAACUGUGUCCGACUGUUGCUCACCCACUCAUGGAGGCUCGCGUUCGUGUACAGAUGAUCGACGACAGAGUCAUCCUAAGGUAGCUCAAGGCGAUCCUACACUGCGACAUUAUACUACACCAAAGAGUACAGCUGAAAUCCUCGCGGACAUUAUGUGCAACAAAAACUUUGAAAAGCAGUUGCGAGUCAGUGAUGGCACUGUCAUAACCUCAUUUCCGAGGCUCUUUUCCCGCGAUCUGACCAGCGACUGGCCAAGAUCAUCUAUAGAUGGCGGAGACUUGAACAAACCGGCGGCGUCUACUUUGUACCAUCAUGGUGUUGAUGCCCGCAGUGGCCUUCAUGAACCAGUACCCUCACCUGCCAAUGAGCACCCCCCGAUAGGUCCAACAUCCCGGACAAACGGCGGUUCACUCUUUGAUACAAACCCCUUCAACCAUAGACUCAAGAAUAAAUACUUGCCAACCCCUCUCGCAGCAGAGAGAAGACUGAGCGCUUCCCUAGAUGCCGAUACUCAAAGACGCCGCAGCACGCUGAUAGCUGACAUUGAAGAAGAGACUGUGGAUGAUUGCCAACCUCGCCCUGGUCUUAUGAACAAGAUCAAGCACGGUAGCCACAAGCUUUUUCACAAAAGUCAUUUUCGGAGGCCAAACAGGAGUACAACGACCGAAGAUGAUGCUUUUGAGGAGAGCAGUGUCGUGCGUUCAGGGAACAGUACAGGAAGAGGAAGAUCUCCAGAGCCGCCCAUAUCGGAUAGCUCAAGAGUACACAAGACCGCAACAGGGAGUCAGGUCAAUGUCGCCUCAUAUGAAGAGGGGGUAUGUUCGGAGGAUGACGAGCCACACAGAUGCGUCAACGAUUGUUCGUCUCGCGAUCUAUCUCCCAAAUGA